CCAGCCCCGCUCCCCUGCCCAGGGCAUCUCGCAGCCGAGGGUAGUUGGACGCAGCCGUCUGGCUCGAGGCAGAAAGCUGCUUCACAGGCGCCAUGCGGGGCAGCCUGCUGCUGGCCGUCAUCCUGGCCCUCAGCCUGGCUCAGAGCCGGGGGGCUGUCUGCGAGGAGCCACGGGCGCCCGGGGGGCCUGGCGGGGGCCACCGCAAGAAGGAGCCGGAAAGCUACCAGCUGCCCCUGCCGUGGCCCCGGAGACCGGACGGCAGCCGCCCCGUCUCUCUGGAGGGAUUGCUCAGAAUGCUGAGCAAGGCCAGCGUGGACCGUAAGGAGUCUCUGCCUCCCCAGAAGCGUGACAUGCACGACUUCUUCGUGGGCCUCAUGGGCAAGAGGAACAUUCGGGCAGGCACUCGCACCCUGGUUGACGUGAACCAAGAGGCUGUCCCCAGCUUCGGCACCCUCAAGUCCCCCCCCACCGGGGCAUGA